GACUCUGGUUCAAUUAUGAAUUAUACCGCAACCCAGUAGCACGGUAGAUUGUGCUCGCUUACUCAUAUCACUUUCUCAUAAUCGUCACUAGUUCUAUAUCAAAUUGGGUCCGACUGGAACAACUUCAACUUCUUACUACAACAACACAUAACACCCCCACCACAAUAGAGACACAUUCGAUUACCUACAUACCACCGACUUCUUGAGGAAAAGGACCUGUGUUCACCUCCUGGUUUUGGUCAAGAGUUGUUACUUUCCUUUUCAAUUCAUAAAAGUAAUCAAAACUCCGAGCGCACAUACUGGUGAGUUCCACCAUCAACCAUGGAGAAUGAAUGGUUAGGAUCUCGGGAAAGUCGUAAGCGAUCUCUUGCAGAGAUGUCCCAAUCACAUACAAGAAUUUCAUCGUCGCCAGAAUUGUUUCGGGAAAGCACCUCGAACUUGGGUAACUCUUCAAGAAUUGCACCACCUAAUGCCGCCACAUCAUCCCUCCGAGAACGACCAAGACGACGAUCACCGAACGCCAAUAAUAAUCCUGGACAAUCUAGUCUGCGCAGUCGGCGUGCGGGUGGGCAUACUCAACCAGCAGGGGAAGUUGGAGCAAUGGAAGCAUCAUCUCGGCGCCACCGCCCGGUAGUAAACUCAGAAAACGUUAUUGAUUUAACAUCUGAUCAAGAUGACGAUCCUUCACCCCCAGUUCGAUCUUUUCCUGCAACUGCUCGUAUGUCAGGCCCUAGUCGAAGUCACAACACACCUUCACCCUCACCCUCAGGUUCGCCUUUUCUUAUUGGCCGCAAUUCAACUCACAAUCGGAAUCAUACUACCUCGAGGCCGCCGCCGAGAUUAGGGAGAAGUGAAGCAAGAUUAGAGCAGUUUGUGGAUCUUACAGGAGACGACGACGAUGACGAGGAUGAUACUAUUAUUAUAACCCAUUCUCGAGAACGUUCCGUGCCUCUACCUUUACCUCCCCGUGCCGCACCACCACUACCACCAAUGCAUGCUAGACUUGGAGUUUUUGAACGUUUGCAGAGACAGAGAACUGGAAGGGCUACCCCGCCUGGUUAUCCACCUGCUCAUUUCGGUGCCAAUCCAAUGGAACCACAAAGACCACCGCCGGCAGGCCCCAAUGGUGAACGUACGUUUGGAGGAUUGAGAAAUAUGUACGACAACGGUGCGGGUAUUAUCAUGGACGUACAUAAUUUUCUAGGUUUUGGGGGUCGAGAUGUAGGAGUUCAUUUAUUUGCAGAUUUUCCAGCUAUGCCAAACGGUAUGGAUUAUGGAAGAGUGGCUUUACAAGAGAACAAACCUGAACAUGUUGCGCCUCCGGCAGCUCCCACAGGAUUUACGAGGUCCCCCACGGAGAGUGACACUGCGAUUUGCCCGAGUUGCGAAGAAGAAUUGAUUCAUAGAAAGGACGGCGAGGAGCCAGUAGCAAAGAAAUCUCGUGGGGCACCGAGUAAAAAAGAUAGAGAAGAGCAUCCUUUCUGGGUCGUUAAGGAUUGUGGUCAUGUCUUCUGCAAUAAGUGUUUUCAAAACCGCACAAACGAUAAAAUAUCCUCCUUCCGCGGGGCCAAGACCGUCCUUUGCGCAGUUGAUGAAUGCGAAUCGAUUGUUAAAAACAAGGAUAGAUGGGUGGGUAUUUUCCUGUAACUUCACAAUUUCGAGCCUGCAAUUCUAGGAUGCUAGGCCAUUUCAAUCUUUUAUUUUCUUUGUGUCCAAAUCAAUAGGAUACUAUUUCAUGAAUCAUCGUCAUACGAUUUCUCUAGUUUCAAGGAGUUUCAGCAUCAUUGGUAUCAUUUACAGGAUGGAGUACAAGGGCGCGGGGUGAAUUCCAGUUGAUCAACAUACGGCGGGCUUGGGCUUGGCUUAUAUUAUUGUGUUCUCCACACCGGGGCGUUUUUGAAGGGAAGGGAAGGGAAGGGAAGGGGAAGGGAUGGAUUGGGAAACAGAGGGAGUAAUCUCAAGUGCAUAGACCGAGGAAUCUAUGUCAUGAAACUCGGAAAAUUAAUGGAAAAUAAUGUCAGCGGGAGUCUCUGGAGUGGUUGGAGAAAAUGAGCAAGUGAAUAAGAAACAUGCCCUGAUAUUCCAGCGUUGAAACACUAAUAUGUAUCUCACUUUUUCUUCUCCUCUGAUGAUAGCGGGGGAAACAUGUAUAUUAGGGGGGCAGCAUAGCGAACACAAAGUAACUGCGUUAACAUAUUUGAAAUGGUUAUGUUUUACGGUUACGCUUUUGGAGGCUGUGAGCUUGAGUGAUGUGGUGUGAAUGAGAUUAGUGAAGAGAAGGAGGCUGGAAAGAAGCACGAUAAUAGGGGGAUGGGCAUUAUGGUAAUGAUGGAUGAGAAGGAGAGUGGGUUGAA